UCAUUAUCAGUGUUAUCAUCAUUAUCAAAAUCAUCCUUAUAAUCAUUUUAAUUAUUGUUAUCAUUAUCGUCCUUAUCAAUUAAACAGCUCCCUGUUGCUUUAGUAAUUAAUUUUUCCAUCACAGUAAAGUAGACUGAACUAGCUCCCAUUUUCAAUUUUGUUCAAUACGAUUGAUUUCGAUUUCUUUUACUUUCCAUUUGAUUUUAUAGUCAUAAAAAUCGAAAUUCAUCGGCUGUAUCCUUGAACAAGCUUUUACAGCUCAGUAUUUUACAGUGGUUAAGUAAUUGGACCUAAUCAUUUAUAACGACAAGUGAUAACGAUAGGUAACAGAAAGCUGUGACAAAUGAACAGCAUUUCUUACUAUCUGUUGUUUUAGUGAAUCCUCACAUUGUGUCAAGUCCUACAAAUAAAAUACAGGUUCAGCAUGUUGGUGAAUCUGUUAACUUAAGUUGCUCAGCGGGUGGUACUCCUUUACCAAAAAUCCAGUGGAUCAAGGACGAACGACGAGUGAUAUCAGCAGAGCAUGACGGGAAUGGUGUGAAAUGGGGUGAGCUCGUCAGUCAUCAAUUAAGGCCGAACGAUGCUGGGAACUACACAUGUCUAUUUUAUAAUGAAAAGAAUGCUACAGCCGUAGCGAAUACAGUUUUGGAACUGUUGUUAAGAAAAUUAUUCCAUAAUUUUCAAGAAAACAGACCCUCUACUAAGCAACUCACAGAAACGGAAAACAAAGCCUAUUGUCCUUGACACGGAGUCAAAGGAAACGAGCCGUGAUCUUGCGACGCAGAAUAACUCCUGAUUGUGAAACAGCCAUAUUGCUGCAAAUCACCUUGACUCACCUUGCAGAGUUUGCCGGAAAGACAUAACCGCCGAAUGUCAAGUGACAGUACAAGACAUAGGUAGCUUUUUAAGAACCAAAUACGCUCAAUAGGAACUUUGAAACGAUGGAGAUUUUUUUGGAUAUGUAGCGUUUUUUUUCUUCUCGAAGACGUAACAGGCAGGAAAGGUAUUUCUAUCGACCAAGUGUCUGAGAACUGUGACCGUCAAUUAAAAAAGAUCUACACUAAGACGAAUUUUCAACGGCGAGUUGGCCAUGAAGUCCUCUGCACUUCGCUUUUACCGGUUAAUCUGAAUAUCACAACGUAUGGCAGUUAGAGGACGAUUUAUUUCGUCUCGUAAGCUGAAAAGACUUGGGUAAGUUUUCAUUUUAUUCACUCUCGUUGGCUUUUUUAUUUGGCGUUACAUUCUAAAGUCUUCACCACAAUGGUUAAGAAAAAGCAUCCUACCAGAAACUGGCACAACAACUCCAAAGCCUCUCAUGGGUGCAGUAAACGUUCAUAAAUGGCGGAAUAUGUGUGGUUCUGACAUCUCACAGCUGAGGGAAUCAAUGCUUUUUCCUCAUCUUCCGGACGAACAGUUUGAGACAUUCAUCGCUGAGUUUAAAAUUCAAGACAACACUGAACACUACGGUCAACGUAUUUUUGGCUUUUUAUACCCACCUAGCAGCAUGUCUUACCAUUUUGGCAUAGCUUCUGAUGAUACAUCUGAGUUUUGGCUGAGUUUGAGUGAGAAUCCACAUGGAAAAGAGUUGAGAGCAAAAGUGUUUUCAAAUAAUACAUCUGCGUGGACUACUGAAAACGUAUUGAAUAAAUAUCCGUAUCAAAUUUCCAAAGCAGUAAACCUAUUUCAAGGCAAGAAAUAUUACUUCGAAAUUCUUCACAAACAAGGCAUCGAAAACGGCUUUGUACAGUUGUAUUGGAAGAGUGCUCUGGAUGAUGAUUUCAAAUUGAUAAAUGCAAAAUACGUAUCCACUUUCCUAAACACAAUUCCAUUUCCUUCAGAGAAAAAAGAUCUCCUACAUGGGGCUUUCUCUGGACAGUACCAACACGAAUUAGCUUUGAGGAAAUCCAAAAGAUUCAGAAAGGAAUACCUGUCAUUCUAUUCUCUGCCUUUCCUUCCUAGAAGAAGUUACCUACCCUCGUGCGAAUACAAAAGCAGUUAUAUACUGCAGCACGGAGUUUACACGUACGAAGGGGUAAAAGCUGUACCUGAAUCGAUCGUAUAUCCUGAGGACGAUACUGCAAUGGGUGACCCAGGUUACCUGAUAUCUUGGCCAAAUACAGUUGCUAACAAAGAUGCAAUUCAAGCAGUUGUGGAUAAGCUUAUGACCUCUUUGAGACUGGGAACAUCCAAAAACUAUUUUCUAAAGAGAAUCCACAAAAUACUGCAGAGGACAGAUCCAGUUUAUGGAGAUCGCUACUCUAUUGAUCUGGAGGUUGGUUUAGAGGGUACUGAACAAUCGUUUCGCCUGUCAGAACACGUCUUUCAAGAAAAGGUCAAUCACAGUUUGUGCUUCCAAGAUGGUAUGCAUUGGAAUAACGAGGCUAAAGUGUACUUCAUAGUUCCUGUCAAGGACCAAGGAAGAUGGGUUUAUCACUUUAUCAACGAGCUCACCAUUGCUAGUUUCUUGACCGCUGAUACGAACUUCCAUGUCAUUAUAGUUGACUUUGAGAGUCAAGAUAUUGAUUUGCCAAAGGCGUUUGACACCUCUCUUAUUCGCAACAGACAUACGAUUAUUUCAUUACAAGGUAAAUUUUUCAAGACUUUGGCGUUAAACACAGCAGUCGAGCAUGUUCCAAGGGCGCAAGAUUUACUGUUUCUGUUUGAUCUCCAUACGGACGUACCAGUAGAUAUGUUGGACAGCGUUCGCAAGUAUACAAUAGAGGGUCGCUUUGUUUAUGCGCCAAUAGUUGGUCGCUUGAAUUGUGGUAGCACAUACGUCGAUCACCAAGGCUUUUGGGAGCUGAGCGGAUAUGGUUUUCUCGGUGUAUACAAAUCUGACUGGCAACGGUUUGGAGGAAUGAACUCUGCUCUCUAUCAGUACAAGUGGGGCGGAGAAGACUGGGAUAUACUAGACCGUAUACUCAAUGCAAAGCUGGAAGUCGAGAGAAUUAAGCAUCCGGGACUUUAUCAUCAUUAUCAAAUCAAACAAAAGACAUGGAACUAGGAGCACUGAUUUUGUUUAUGUUUGGGUCACGCUGGACAAUUUUUAAGUCCCAGUUUUAUUGAGCUUCACGUGAAAUUUAUUAGAUCAUUCAAAUUGCAGCAAACCAGAUUAAUGUAUGAUUUUUUUCCCCCAAAAUGAUGGCCUAUUCACUGUUUUUACGCCAACUUCCCAUCUUAAUUAACGUUAGGAGUCAGCUUAUGUUAUUCUUCAUAGCUUUUACUGAACGUCAAAAUAAAGUUUACAAACUACA